GAGGGCGGGGCGAAGGCCGGGCUGGGAGAAGAGGCGGGGUGACGGCUCCGCGCGUGCGCGGAAGAGAGCUGAGGGGCGGGGUCGCUGCUGAGGCCUGGGUUGAGCGAUUUUAGACAAGAUGCAGGACCCCAAUGCAGAUACUGAGUGGAAUGAUAUCUUACGCAAAAAGGGCAUCUUGCCCUCAAAGGAAAGUUUGAAAGAUUUGGAAAAGGAGGCGGAAGAAGAAGAACAGCGAGUCCUUCAGCAGUCAAUUGUGAAAACAUAUGAAGAUAUGACUUUGGAAGAGCUGGAGGAUAAUGAAGAUGAAUUUAAUGAGGAAGAUGAACGUGCUAUUGAAAUGUACAGGCAGCAAAGACUGGCUGAGUGGAAAGCAACUCAACUGAAGAAUAAAUUUGGAGAAGUCUUGGAGAUCUCAGGAAAAGAUUAUGUUCAAGAAGUUACCAAGGCUGGCGACGGCUUGUGGGUAAUCUUGCACCUGUAUAAACAAGGCAUUCCCCUCUGUGCCCUCAUAAAUCAGCACUUCAGUGGACUUGCCAGGAAGUUUCCUGAUGUCAAAUUUAUUAAAGCCAUUUCAACAACCUGCAUACCCAAUUAUCCUGAUAGGAAUCUGCCUACAAUAUUUGUGUACCUUGAAGGUGAUAUCAAGGCUCAAUUUAUUGGACCUCUGGUGUUUGGUGGCAUGAACCUGACAAUAGAUGAGUUGGAGUGGAAACUGUCAGAGUCUGGAGCAAUCAAGACAGACUUGGAGGAAAACCCUAAGAAACCAAUUGAAGACGCUUUGCUAUCCUCAGUGCGGUGCUCCAUCCCCACAAGAAGGGAUAGUGAUUCUGAGGAUGACUAAGACUAUGGCCUCGGUAAUGUGCCAGACUUCCUUGAUGUGACAAAUCCUCUGGAUUUUUUUAAAAAAGAAAAAGUAGAAAUGCUUUUUGGCUUUUAGCCUUUUUAUAAUUAUGUUUCACAUCUCAUAGAUCUCAGAAAUCAUCAUUGCUGGGAGUCCUAUUAUGUUUCUUAGAACUCACUUUUUAAAUUAAUAACCUUUCCUUAAAAAAAAAAAAUAAAAACCAGCUAUUGGUAUGGCAGAUGUCUAUGUUUUCCUCACUUAUAUUUUAAGCUAUAAAACUGUCUGUUCACCAUUUGUCCACAUAUAACUACAUAAGAGGGAAUGUGGAGUGUUUUUUAAAUAAUGUGACCAAGUUUACAGUGAAAA